AUGACUGAUACAAGCCCGUCAUCGCAAACAGGAUCCACCAACAAAAAAGUUUCCGCACAACCUGCCCUGCAGACCAAUUCAUCACAAGAUCAACCACCACCUACAAUAAUCGAAUCCCAGAUCCAUUUGAAUCUUGUACCACCAUUGAAUUUCGCAUUGGUUGAAGAUGGCAUUUAUCGAUCUGGAUUUCCCAUGGAAAUCAACUACCCAUUCCUACAACAACUCAAUCUCAAAACCAUUAUAUAUCUCGGCGACUUGGGCCACGAAGCAACAGCCACACCGCCUGCAUCCUCCACCAACAAGAAGAAGAAGAAGAAAAAGGACAAAGAUGGCUCCACGGAGAUAUUCAACCAAUACAUCACCUGGAUCAAGAACCAAAAUAACAUUACAUUCCACAACUUGCAAGUCGAAUCGUCACAAGAACCAUUCAACAAGUCACAAGAAAAUCAGCAAACGUUGCUCAGUUUAACCACAGCACUACAUUUAACUCUCGACAAAUCCAACUACCCCAUCUUGAUCCAUUCAAAUAAGGGUAAACACCGUACGGGGUUGUUUAUUGGCCUAAUGAGGAAACUACUACAGGGAUGGUGUCUUUCUGGUAUAUUUGAAGAGUAUGAGAAAUUUGCUAUGGGUAAAUUCGAAUAUGAUUUAGAAUUGAUUGAAAUUUGGCAACCGGAGUUGUUGGUUGAUGACACCAAAAAACCAAACUUUGUACGAGUUUGA